AUGGGAGUCAACUCAUCCAGCAUGGAGUAUCCUCGUACAUCAUCAACAAAAUCAUCAUCAUCUCACAUUCUCACUUUCCAUUCCACUGCUAAAUGGAAGGCUCAUUUUGAUGCAUCCAAAGAAACUAACAAGCUGAUGGUGAUUGAAUUUACGGCUACAUGGUGUGGACCUUGCAAAUACAUGGAUCCAAUCUUUCAAGAUUUUGCUGCAAAAUAUAUUAAAGUUGAUUUCAUCAAAAUUGACGUGGACGAAUUAAUGGGUGUUGCUCAAGAAUUCCAGGUGCAAGCAAUGCCAACAUUCAUAUUGAUGAAGAAAGGCAAAAUUAUUGACAAGGUGAUAGGAGCAAAAAAGGAAGAGCUUGAAAAGUUGAUUGAAAAGCAUCAAAACUGA